CGCUCAGUCGAUAAACGAAGCUUGGCCGCGAUACUUGGCUCAAGCGCAUGCCAGCACGUUAACGUAGACAGAAAGCAAAGAAGAAAAAGAAAAAGAAAAAAACGUUACGCGCUGCGGCCAAACUUGGUAGUCGGUUGGCAAAAAACAAAAACAACAAAAAAGCUAAAAAAAAAAAAAAAACACAGGCGAGCAAGAAACACAGCUGAACAAAAUUGCAACAGAGGCGCGUGCUCAAGGAGAAGUUGGUUAGAAGAGCGCUGCAUGCACAUUAGCGACGUCAGAGCGAACGAGAGAGCGCAAAGAGAGGAGAGCACACACACACAAGCAAAAUGGCGGCCGUUGAAGUGCGCAAUGGCUAUAAGUACUAUGGCUCCAAAAAGAAUCCCAAGAUUGUGCUCAACCAGCUGAAUAUGAACGUCAUGCGUGGCUCCAUCUAUGGCCUGCUCGGCGCCUCGGGCUGUGGCAAGACAACGCUGCUCUCCUGCAUUGUCGGCCAACGUAAUCUCAAUGGCGGCGAAGUCACUGUGCUGGGCGUUAAGCCCGGUCAGCCGGGCAGCGGUGUGCCGGGCUCUCGCGUCGGUUUCAUGCCACAGGAGAUCGCGCUGGUCGAGGAGAUGACCGUCAAGGAGACUCUGUUCUAUUUCGGUCGCAUCUAUGGCCUCACAGAUGAUCGCAUUCGUGAGAAGUUCAAGAUACUCAAGGAUCUGCUGCAACUGCCGUCGGCAGGACAGAUGAUCAAGCAAUGCAGUGGAGGACAACAGCGCCGCUUGUCCUUCGCCUGUGCCAUGAUACACGAUCCCGAGCUGCUCAUUCUCGACGAGCCCACGGUCGGACUUGAUCCCAUGCUGCGCGAAAAAAUUUGGGACUUUCUAGUGGAAACGACUAGAAAUAGCAAAUUGGCUGUGAUUAUCACCACACAUUAUAUCGAAGAGGCCAAGCAGGCGAAUUACAUCGGUCUCAUGCGCAAUGGUGUUCUGCUGGCUGAGGACACGCCCACCAAUAUCAUGAUCAAAUUCGGCACCCAAUCGAUUGAAGACGCUUUCCUCAUUCUCAGCCAGCGUCAGGGCAAUGAAGAUCAGCUGAAUCAGAUUAUGAGCCAGGGCAAAAGUCCGACAAUGCCCGCAGCAGCGCCGUUGCCAACGGAAGUGAUCGAUGUGCAUGAGCCGACGGCUGAGAAGCCGCCUUUGCCGUACGUGGAGCCACAGAACGACAAUUGCAAGAAGAUUUUCUUUACGACCAAAGGACGCCUCAAGGCCAUGAUGACCAAGAACUUUGUGCAACUGUUCAGACAGCCCUCUGGCAUAAUCUUCAUGAUGCUGUUUCCCAUCAUACAAUUGUCCUGCUUUUAUAUGGCCAUUGGCAAAACACCCAAAAAUCUCGAGCUGGGCGUCUAUUCCGGCGAAGUGAGCAGCUAUUCCGAGUGCUUCGACGAGAGCCUGCAGACCAUUUAUACCGUCAACGAUACCUGUCGCUUCAAUAAGCUCUCCUGUCGCUACAUCCAGGAACUGGGCGACGAUAUAGCCACAAGAAAGUAUUAUCCCUCAGAGGAGGCUGCCUAUGCGGAUGCCAGAAAAGCCAACACUGUGGGCUAUAUAUAUUUCUCUCACAACUUCAGUGCUUCGGUUUAUGAAUAUAUUGAGGAUAGCAUCUAUGCCUCGGAUGGUGCUAUUGACAAUUCCGAAAUUGUUGUCCACAUCGAUAUGACCGAUCAACAAGUUGGCUACUUCAUGCAACGAAAGCUUCGGGACACGUUUAGUACAUUUAUGAAUACCGUUGUUCGCGAGUGUAAUGUAUCGGCUGCCUUGGUUAAGUUGCCAGUACAGUUUCAGGAUCCCAUCUAUGGCAGUACGGACAUUGAGUUUCAACAGUAUUGUGCUCCUGGAGUGGUUAUGACCAUGGUAUUUUUCUUGGCUACUUUGAUGACGGCAGCCGUAUUUAUUUCGGAGCGCAUGGACGGCAUCUGGGAUCGUACCCUCUUGGCUGGUGUUUCGGCCACCGAAAUGCUGUGGGGUCAUCUGCUGACACAGUUAAUUAUUAUGGCACUACAGUCGUUCGAGGUCAUCGUCUACAUUGGCAUCGUAUUCGAUACGUACAACAAUGGAGAUACAACUACGCUAAUAGGACUGUUAACGCUGACAGCUUUCUGCGGCAUGUUGUUUGGUCUUUUCAUCUCGGUCUUUUGCAAAUCGCACACGGAGGCUAAUUUUGUGGCCACUGGAGCUUUCUAUCCCAUGAUUAUACUCUGCGGUCUUCUGUGGCCGUUGGAGAGCAUGCCGGCAUUCCUGCAGGAUUUGGUAAUGGUUUUGCCAUUUACUAUACCCUCAAUAUCGGCUAGAAAUGUCAUCGAGAAAGGCUGGAGCAUUACCCACGAGAAGGUCUAUAACGGCUUCCUCGUUAUGGCCGGCUGGACGAUAAUCUUCUUUGUGCUCUGUCUGAUGGGCAUCAGACGCAAGGCGUAGUGGGCUGUAUUCAACAUUGGGGUUAACUUCUAGAAGUUGUAGCAUAUUAGCAUUUCCCAUUUAGGCGAUUUCAUAUAUAAAUCUUUAUAUAUUUGUUAUAGUAUCUAUAUAAUUUAAGAAUUAUCAGACACAUAUCACUCGCAUGUCGCAGACUCUCAUCUUAAAAAAAAAAAAAAAAACAAGCUCAUUGAUGCAAUUUUUAGACAGCAUUUGCGUUGCCUUGGGGAUUUUCAAUAUAGAGUUGUAUAUGUUCAAAAUUCGGCAGCCCAAUGUCAGACUGUACUAAAAUCAUUAUGGUUUAAGGGAUGUCUCACAAAUAUUUAUAGUACACAGCACA